GGCUCAUUGGCUGUGAGGGAGCACAUUUUUACAGUCACAGGGCUCAUUGGCUGUGAGGGAGCGCAAAUCUUACAUCGCUGGGCUCGUGGCAGCGACAGCCGUGGUCACGGAAGGUCUGGAGUUCUUGGUUUCGCAGAGCCCACCCUGCGAGGCACAUUUGUUGACGCAGAGCCCAUCCUGCGAGGCACACUUGUUGACGCAGAGCCCAUCGUGCGAAGCACACUUGUUCACGCAGAGCCCAUCCUGCGAGGCACACUUGUUGACGCAGAGCCCAUCGUGCGAAGCACACUUGUUCACGCAGAGCCCAUCCUGCGAGGCACACUUGUUGACGCAGAGCCCAUCCUGCGAGGAACACUUGAUCACGCAGAGCCCAUCCUGCGGAGACUCUUGGUGUCGCAAAUGUCCCUGCGAGGCGCUUUGUUGACGCAGGACCUAGGCUGCGGAGAACUUGUUAACGCAGCGGUCUCCUGCGGGUCUCACUUGUCAUCACAGCGCCCCCCUGCGAGGAUUAUUGUUCACGCAGACCUAUCCUGCGAGGAUUGUUGUUCACGCAGACCUAUCCUGCGAGGUAGUCUUGUUUUCGCAGCACCUCCCUGCGAGGAUUAUUGCUCACGCAGACCUAUCCUGCGAGAUAGUCUUGUUUUCGCAGCACCUCCCUGCGAGGAUUAUUGUUGA